UAGUUUUAAUUUUAAUUUAAAAACCGAUAAAAAAUAUUUAAUUUUAAAAUUGAAUAAGUUUUUAUAUCCCAUAUUUUAUUUUUUCUAAUCCAAAUCUCGGUGCUCUGUAAAAAAAAAAAAAUCAUUCGCAAAGUUCAGAGAAAUGGAGGAAGAGAGAGCUGAACACUGAUAAAAAGGCUCAAAGGAUCCCAGAUUCAAAGAUAAAGUAAAUCUUAAAGGAACAAAUUAACAAAGAAAAUAAAACUUUUUUUUUCUUUUACUUAAUUCACUUUGAAAGAAUCGAGAUUCUCUUUAACUGAUUCAGGUUCUUCUUAAAAAAUUGUUUCUUUGCCCCUUCUUUUUUCUUGUUUGUAUUACUUAGCUUUGAAUGAUUAGAGGAAUUGUCUCGAGAUUACAGAGAAGUUGAAGUCUUUACGAAGAUAAGCUUUCACUGACUAGAAGGGGAGAAAGUGAGUUGACUCGAUGGAGAACUCGCUGCUGCUAAAGUGGAAAUUACUAGGAUGAAGCGUGUUUGUGAAGCUGAGCAUACACAUUGAAACCAUAGAAAAAGUUUGGUAAACUUUAGACCCUCAAUCGGUUUGUUAGUGUUGGAGGAGACCCGUCGAAGUAUUGGGAUGGGGUGUGGGUGUUCAAACCUAUCUGCAUGUUGUUGGAGUUUGGAUCAGAAUGGAUCAAUUCCUGAAGCUGAUAAUGUUGAAAAUGAAGACAAGGGUGAAGUUGAUGAUUUGCCUGCAUUCCGUGAAUACUCAAUUGAAACACUCCAGAUGGCUACAUCUGGAUUUGCCAUGGAGAAUAUAGUUUCAGAACAUGGUGAGAAGGCUCCUAAUGUAGUUUACAAGGGCAAGUUGGAAAAUCAAAGGCGUAUUGCUGUUAAACGUUUUAAUAGGUCUGCAUGGCCUGAUGCCCGACAAUUCUUGGAAGAAGCAAAAGCUGUUGGUCAGCUCCGAAAUCACAGGUUGGCAAACUUACUUGGUUGUUGCUGUGAAGGUGAUGAGAGGUUACUUGUUGCAGAAUUUAUGCCCAAUGAGACAUUAGCAAAGCAUCUAUUCCAUUGGGAAGCACAACCAAUGAAGUGGGUAAUGCGACUAAGGGUUGCUUUGCAUCUUGCAGAAGCUCUAGAAUACUGCACCAGCAAGGGACGUGCCUUGUAUCAUGAUCUAAAUGCUUAUAGAAUAGUUUUUGAUGAUGAGGGGAAUCCUAGACUUUCAUGCUUUGGUCUGAUGAAGAACAGUAGAGAUGGGAAAAGUUACAGCACAAACCUGGCAUUUACUCCUCCUGAGUAUUUGAGGACAGGAAGAGUAACACCAGAAAGUGUAAUGUAUAGUUUUGGAACCCUUCUGCUUGAUCUUCUGAGUGGAAAACAUAUUCCUCCAAGUCAUGCACUGGACCUUAUCCGUGACAGGAACAUUCAGAUGCUCACAGAUUCUUGUUUGGAAGGGCAAUUUUCAAAUGAUGAUGGGACUGAGUUAGUGCGUCUAGCGUCACGAUGUUUACAAUAUGAGCCCCGUGAGCGUCCAAAUCCAAAGUCUUUGGUUGCUGCAUUAAUUCCUCUUCAGAGGGACACUGAGGUUCCUUCUCAUGAAUUAAUGGGCAUACUUCAUGGAGCUGAUGCUGUUCCUUUGUCACCACUUGGGGAAGCCUGCUUAAGAAUGGAUUUGACUGCCAUUCAUGAUGUCCUAGAAAAGCUUGGAUAUAAAGAUGAUGAGGGAGCUGCCACUGAGCUUUCCUUCCAGAUGUGGACAAACCAGAUGCAGGAAACACUGACAUCAAAGAAAAAGGGUGAUGUUGCUUUUAGGCAUAAGGAUUUUAGAGCUGCUCUUGAAUGCUAUACCCAGUUCAUUGAUGUUGGAACUGUGGUUUCCCCAACGGUUUAUGCUCGGCGUAGUUUGUCUUACCUCAUGAGCAACAUGCCCCAAGAAGCCCUCAAUGAUGCAGUGCAAGCACAAGUAAUAUCUCCUAUUUGGCAUAUUGCAUCCUACUUGCAAGCUUCUGCUUUACUUGCUCUAGGAAAGGAGGAUGAGGCACAAGCUGCUCUUAGGGAGGCUACUGAGCUCGAAAAUAAAAAGAAUGCAACUUCUUGACAGUGAUCUAAGCUAAAAUAAGUCACUCUCCAAUCAACCCAGAUGACCCAUCCAUUGGCAAAAAAAAAAAAAGCCUUUCGCUCUCAGUUUUCGGGUAAGAUAAAGAACAGCUUUUAAACUUCAAAAGAAACCUCAAACAUAAAGAGCACAUAUAAUGUUGCUCCUCGACUGCAUGAUUGGUUUGGUUCAUGGUCAGAUCAAAACACUCUGUUACAUGACACUGGAAGUGGGUUGGAUUUUGUCAGUUUGACAGGUAUUGGGACAAAUCCAGUAUAUCUACUGUUGUUUUCGCUCUUACCGAUAUAUCUCAACACAAUGAUGAUCCUGAGGGGGAAUAAUUAGGGAACAGAAUAUAUAUAUUUGUAGAGAAGGGUUUAGUUGUUUAAAGUUGCAUUUUUUAAAGGGUGAAUAGGAAGAUUUCAUGCUUGUAAUUUAUGUAUAGUUCUUCUGAUUCUGGCUGCUCACUUGAGAUGAAAUUGGCUGCUCUUUUUUGGUAUGUUGUUGUUAGCUUAUUGUUUGUAUUACAUUACAUGGAAGAGGAAGGAAUUUUUGUGUCACUACCAACAA